AGAAGCGUUUAGACUACAACUCCCAGCAGCCACGAGAAGCCCUAGGGCUUGAUGGGAACGGGAAACCUUAUAACCUUUCACGUCCCGGCUCCGCGGGUUCCGUGGGUCGCCCGCGAAAUCUGAUCCGGGAUGCAGCGGCCCAAUCGGAAGGUGGGCCCAAAUCCCGCGACAGCAAGAGGCUCGUAGCGACCUGCGGUGCUAAGGAACGCAGUGCUUUCAAAAUUGGCGUCCGCUGGUCGCCUCUCCUCCCGGGAGUCUUCUACCUCCUCCCAGAAGAGGAAGGAAGCACAGUAUGAAAACUUUGGAGACUCAACCGUUAGCUCCGGACUGCUGUCCCUCAGACCAGGAUCCAGCUCCGGCCCAUCCUUCUCCCCACGCUUCCCCGAUGGAUAAAAAUGCGGACCCUGAACUGAUGCCACCGCCUCUCGAAAGGGAGGAUCCGCCCCGGUUGUCCCCAGAUCCUGUGGCUGGCUCAGCUGUGUCCCAGGAGCUAGGGAAGGGGGACCCAGUUUCUCUCUCCACUCCCCUGGAAACAGAGUUUGGUGCUCCUAGUGAGUUGAGUCCUCAAAUCGAGGAGCAAGAACUUUCUGAAAAUACGAGACUUCCUGCAGAAGAAGCAAACGGGAGCCUUUCUGAAGAAGAAGCGAACAGGCCAGAGUUGGGGUCUGAAGAAGCCAUGGAAGAUGCCUCUGGGGAACCCGCUGCAGAGGACGAGGGAGACACUGCUUGGAACUACAGCUUCUCCCAGCUGCCUCGAUUUCUCAGUGGUUCCUGGUCAGAGUUUAGCACCCAACCUGAGAACUUCUUGAAAGGCUGUAAGUGGGCUCCUGACGGUUCCUGCAUCUUGACCAAUAGUGCUGAUAACAUCUUGCGAAUUUAUAACCUGCCCCCAGAGCUGUACCACGAGGGGGAGCAGGUGGAAUAUGCAGAAAUGGUAAGGACUGGGGCUAACUCUGCCCCUUCAUCACACCGGGGUUUCAGUGUCCAUGUCUCUCUCAGCGUGGCCAGCAGCAGCCGGGAGAACCCGAUUCAUAUCUGGGAUGCAUUCACUGGAGAGCUCCGGGCUUCCUUUCGCGCCUACAACCACCUGGAUGAGCUGACGGCAGCCCAUUCACUCUGCUUCUCCCCGGAUGGCUCCCAGCUCUUCUGUGGCUUCAACCGGACUGUACGUGUUUUCUCCACGGCCCGGCCCGGCCGAGACUGCGAGGUCCGAGCCACGUUUGCAAAAAAGCAGGGCCAGAGCGGCAUCAUCUCCUGUAUAGCCUUCAGCCCAGCCCAGCCCCUCUAUGCCUGUGGCUCCUACGGCCGCUCCCUGGGUCUGUAUGCCUGGGGUGAUGGUUCCCCUCUUGCCUUGCUGGGAGGGCACCAAGGGGGCAUCACCCACCUCUGCUUUCAUCCCGAUGGCAACCGCUUCUUCUCAGGAGCCCGCAAGGAUGCUGAGCUCCUGUGCUGGGAUCUCCGGCAGCCCGGUUACCCACUAUGGUCCCUGGGUCGAGAGGUGACCACCAAUCAGCGCAUCUACUUCGAUCUGGACCCGACCGGGCAGUUUCUAGUGAGUGGCAGCACAAGCGGGGCCGUCUCUGUGUGGGACACGGGCGGGCCUGGCAAUGAUGGGAAGCCGGAGUCCGUGUUGAGUUUUCUGCCCCAGAAGGACUGCACCAAUGGCGUGAGCCUGCACCCUAGCCUGCCUCUCCUGGCCACUGCCUCCGGUCAGCGUGUGUUUCCCGAGCCCACAGAGAGUGGGGACGAAGGAGAGGAGGAGUUGGGCCUUCCCCUGCUCUCCACACGCCAUGUCCACCUUGAAUGUCGGCUUCAGCUCUGGUGGUGUGGGGGGGGCCCAGACUCCAGCAUCCCUGAUGAUCACCAGGGCGAGAAAGGGCAGGGAGGAACGGAGGGAGGUGUGGGUGAGCUUAUAUAAAAAGGUUUUUAUGAUA